AUGCGAUUCGACAACGCCAAGUACAAGUCUGUACCGUUCGUCAAGGUUCUAUAUCCUGCCACAAGCGACUCUACCAGAACUGUACUCGUCGAGAAGUUCUCCGAACGACCUUUGAAAGAACUCUGGCCAGGCGUCAAGACCGAAGACCUCGACAUCUAUGGACGGGCAGUUGUGUGGGAGGAAGCUGUUGACCAAGAGGACCUCGCCGAGAUACUGAAGUGGAUUCAACGCUGCAUUGAUCGAGGCUAUUCUGACGACCUGUCUUUAUUCAAGUGGAGACCAAACAAAAUCGCAAGUAUUCUGGGGAAUGUUGGUGAGCAGAUGGGGAUUGAGAAAGUGGUUGAGGUUGUACUCGCCUGCCUUGACCGACUCGCUCGAGGCGAGCAACUGGACGCCAGCAUGAGCGUCAAGGAAUAG